ACAAACAAACAAAAACUUUCACGGCAAGAAAGAAAAGGACCAGUUCAUACUUUGUGAAGCAGAGAAGAGCCAGACAACCAACACCACACUCUGGGUGGCUCAUAUCAGUUCAGACAGUAAAGCCAGAACCUGAUCAGCUGGUGUGGUUGAAAGCCGCUCUUUUCGGGAUGUGUGCAGCGGGGGAAGCCUGUGAUGUGGAGUACAGCCUGGCAGAGGAGCAGGAUUUCCAGCAGGUCCUGAACAUCUGCAGCAGCGAUGCCUUCGAUGGGUUGGACUACAUGGCUCCCAUGUUCCACUGCUGGCUGCAGGAGCCUGGACGCGUCGUCUUCAUCGCUAGGAUGAACAACAGAGUGGUGGCGCUGGAGUCUGCACUGCUGGUGGACGGUGGUCAGACAGUUGUGCUUCAGGGUCUCAGGGUGGCACCUGAUUUGAGACACCGCGGCAUCGCCAGCGCCAUCCAGAAACACGUGACUGACUAUGUCCGCCACCAUUACCCAGAAGUCUCUGCUGUCAGGCUGGCCCGUGGGAAUCAGCCUUCACCACAGACUCUGGCUAAGUACAGAAUCAUAGCAAAAGAGGCCAUCUUAUCUCUGUGCUGUGAGGUGACUGACCUUGGCCCCUUUGUUGCUGAGCUUCAGUCCAGACUUCCCUGCCAGACUAACUCCUCCUCCCACAGCCUGGUCAUUCUGGACCAGCAGCAGGCCGAGAUGCUAAUCUUGUCAGACCAUGUGGUUUCCAAUUUGCUGCCCAACAAAACCAUCAUCAAUGACUGGGAGCCUCUGAAGCCAGUGCAGGCCAACCUGGAGGUCCUGCGCCGCAGGGGGUUGACAUGGAUUGCCGAUCAUGAGCUGGAACCCUCUGCUAUCAGCCUGUGCACCACACCAUAUGCCGUCCCCUACCGCCAUGAUGCCCUGCAUCUACAUAUUAACAUCUUUGGCCACAGUUUGGCUUCAGUCUGCGCUGUGUUUCUGGCUCAGCUUGAAGCUUUGCUGCCAAGUCUCCCAGGUUACCUGAUCUUCUACACCUACGUUGACCCUGAGGUUUGGCCCGGGCUAUGUGAGUUCUGCCAGAACAAUGCCAAUGUGUCUUUUUUCAAGGACUACUGGGAGGAGGUCAUACUGGAGGCAGACCUCUGA